UCCCUCUUAAAGCUCUGCCCUCUGUUAUCCAUCUUUCUUGAGAGAACCAAAAACAAAGAACCAACUGAUUUCCCUUUGUCCUGUGAGAAACCCAAGAAACAACAACAUCUCCCUUUCAUCUUUCCCACUGUUGUCCAUUAUAUAUUCUGCUCAUUCCUGGUAGCAAUUUACAGUGAAUCCUGUCUGCCUUGAUCACUGGAAUCCAAGAAAAAGGCUUUCUUUUUAAACCAACAGCUGUUCUUGAAUUCCUCAAGGCAAUAUAACUCUGUUGUAAAGCGCAGAAUUCAUUCUUCCUUUCUCCGGGCAUUGCUGGAAGAAACAGACAUGUCGGCCAAGAUACUGCCUUCCUCGAGACACGAGAACAGAAAUUCGCGAAAGCAAAUUCGGUGCAUGAACAGCAUAUUUCACCUCUUUGAUCGUCACCACUUGCUUGCGGGCUGGAAAAUGAGCAGCCACAACCACAAGAGGCUACUUCCAGGUCCCCAACAAGAAUUGGAGCCCAAUAAACUGAAAGCUGUCACGGAUGUGCAGAAGGAGAAACCAAGAGUGUAUAUGGAAACAUCCCAAGCAUCUUUAUCAUCUUCUUCCUGCGCAUUUGCAUCCUCGUCGCUUGAUUAUAACAGAACAGCUGAACCAGAAACACUUCCACUGGGACAAAUCAAUAUUUCUGAAAGCCCAUUGCAGAUCACAGCCAUGAUAGAACAACAGCCUUCAUCUACUAGGGGCCUGCAAUCCCCUGAUAUUCGAGAUGUAGUGAAGGAUUCGAUGUACAGAGAAGCCCGUAGCCUGACUAUCAAAUCCGUUGCUAAUGAUGAAAGAAAAGUCACUGUAAUGAAGCACAUUGACUCUCCCAGGCCUUUGCAGCAGUCCAAAUUUGGAAAACCAAAAGCACCGGUUUAUGAAGGAUCAACUCGAGUGUUCCCUAAGGUCCUGGAAGGUACAAAGAACUCCAAGGAUGAGCUGCUGACACUUCCUCGUUUCUCGUAUGAUGGAAGAGAAUCACGAGAUUCAUUUAAGACAGCCAUGAAGCUUAAAGAACGCCCAAGAUUAUCAUUAGACAGUAAAGCAAGUUCCUUCAAGUCUUCAGCCCUUGAGUCAAGAUUGAAUUUUGUUGGCCAAGAUAUGCAUAUCGGAAAUAAGAAUUCCAGCCACCAAGAACCUGGAAGUCACACCAGAACAUCCAGCAUUAUAGCAAAGCUCAUGGGUUUGGAUGCUUUCCCAGAUACCAUUUCCACAGACGAGAAUCCAGUUACCAACAUAAAAUCAAGCCCAAGCCCCAGAGUAGCUUCUCCUUCAAAAUUAUCUACAAAAGCUGAGGAAAGCAAGCAAAAUCAGGUUUCUUUUUCUCAACCUGGUUUAGAAAAGAAUCCUGCCUCAUCAUCACCACGCUCUCGUAAUGCCAGUUCGAUAAGGAAACCAACCACAUGUUCAAGACUCCCAAUGGAACCAGCUCCAUGGAAACAACGAGAUUCUUGCCAAGUUUCUCCAAAAGUGGCUGCACAGAGUAGGAAAACUCCAACAAAUACACUUCCAUCUUCUUCAGUUUAUGGUGAAAUCGAGAAGAGGAUAACAGAGCUUGAAUUCAAAAGGUCUGGGAAAGAUCUCAGAGCUCUCAAACAGAUACUUGAAGCAAUGCAAAAAACAAGAGCGAGAUUGGAAAACCAGAGAGGAGAGUCAGCUGAACUCACAAUGCAACAGAGAUGCACUUCGGAUGAUAGCUGCUCCAAUCAGAAUUCUAAGCUGCCGAUGUCGCGGAACAGAAAAGCUUACCAGCAGGCUCUGACGAUCAAUGGGACUUGCUCUCCUAAGCAAUCAGGUUCUUCCGUUGGGACAACAAAGUCAGCCACAGUGAUGGAGAAAUUCAAAAUUUUAAGUUCCAAUCAGGUCCCAACAACGGAGACCUCGCAUCUCCGACGACUCCGAAUUCAGGAGCCUAAAUACCACAAGGAGAAUACAGCAAACAGAGAAAAAGCAAAAGAUCUUACACCAGGGAACCAUAGCACGAAAGACUCCAGUCUGUUUCUUCCUUCCAUUGACAAGACUAAAUGGAGAAAUUUAGAACUAGAGCGAACGGUGAAAGUGCCUCCACGCAUCAGGGCAGAAAAUUGCAGUACCUCUGGAAGGGGUUUCCUUACCGUGUCUCCAAGAUUACAACAAAAUGCACUCAGGAUUGAGGGAGAAACUCAUCCCACUACUGCAUUAUCAGACUCAGGAAGGCUCAAAAAGCACUCCAGCAAGAAAAUAAGAGAAAAGAGUUCCCAGUACAGAAAACACAAGGUGAAAUCAAUGGAUUCGCAGUUAUGUGAUGACCAAUUGAGCGAUCUCAGUAGUGAGACGAGAUACUCAAGUUACCAAGGAGACACAGCUUCUGUAAAAUCAGAAAGCAACAAUAGCAUAGCCUCACAGAUGGAAACAGAGGUCAAAAGCUCGGCUGGUAUCAACACAAAUUACAGAGAACAACAGAAUUCAAUGUCAACGUUAAAAGAUCAGAUACCAGCAUUUGAACUUGCAGCGACCAUGAUGGAACAACCAAGUCCAGUUUCAGUUCUUGAUGCAACAUUUUACAGUGAAGAUUCACCAUCUCCAGUAAAGAAGAGAUCAACAGCUUUUCAAGAAGAUGAGAGUCCAAGUCCUGAUGAAGCAGAAUGGCCUCUUGGGAAUGUAAACCAAUUACCAGACUGCACGAGACCUGAUCCUGGUUAUAAUUACAGUCAGAAGUCAGAAAAUAUCUUGCGCUUAGUUCAUGAGCCUAGACUGUUGAAAACCAAACCUAGUGAAGCUGCUGCAAAUUACAAUGAAUCAGUAGAUCAGAGCCUUAAUCCAGGGCAGAGAUACAUUAACAAGAUACUAUUGGCAUCAGGACUCCUUAAAGACACAGGCAUCAUCCCGGCAGUGGAUCAACUCCUUUCCUGUCAUCUGAUUGAUCCCGACAUAUUCCAUGCCGUUGAAGAAAAGGAGGACAGAAUAGAGGAACCAACUGGAGAAUUCGAUGAAAAGAAUGAUCAGAUGAAGUUAAAUCAGAAAAUCCAAAAAAAAAUUAUUUUUGAUACGCUAAAUGAAAUACUGGUUCGCAAAUUCACUUCAGGUGGACUAUUUACAUUGGGAUGGAAAAAGAUGAGCUCGCAGGGGCUCAUGAAAGAAGUAUAUUUGGAGAUGGAUCAGCUGUGCAACAUAUCAUCUAGCAACCUUGACGAUGAGGAUGAUGGAUUUGUCAGACUCUUAGCUUCAGAUAUGAAGAAUCAAUCAGAGGAUUGGACAGAUUAUAGUGGAGAGCUUCCAGCCUUGGUAUUGGACAUUGAACGCCUAAUCUUUAAAGAUCUGAUAAAUGAGGUAGUCACAGGUGAAGUCAUGGAUCUUCAAGAAUGGUCAAAGAGGCAUUGCAGGCAACUGUUUACCAAGUAGUUUCCACCAGCAUCUUUUUUCUUAUGUAUAUAUUCUCUAAAAUGCACCAUAGAUGUAUCAUUUGUAGAGCUAUACAACUUUAGAAUUGAGAGCACAAAUUUCAUUUAAAUCUGACAUAAUUCUGUUUCUAAUCUUUUACUCGGUCCAUCAUUUAUGCCAUACUUAUUACACAAUUAAGGAGGAGAUUGGGGCAUAGUUGCACAGCUGAAAACUGGAGCAUUUGCAAAUGUAAGACUUUGAAGUUCAUCCUCCUUCAUUGUUGACUUAUUUAUCAGUACAAUUUGGUAGUAUUGCAAAAAAGUUUGCAGCCUGCACGAAUGCUAUGUUUUUGGGAGCUGUAAUAUUAAGUAAUUCAAGGAGAGGGGAAUUCAGGGUACUGUGGUUUACAUUCUAUAUA